CGACUGUUGCCCUUUCUUUUUCUGGGUUUUUGUUCGUUCAUCAGAAAAAACCUGCAAGAAAUCAGAGAAAGGAGAGAGAUGCGUUUAAGGGAAAGGAAUUAAAUUUGGGGUUUUCACAGCAGAAGAAAGAGAAGGCGGCGUUGGCAGAAAAGAGCCGUAAAUUCUCGUGUUGUUGUUUGGUUUAUGAAAUGCACCCGCCCUUUGCAACACCGAGAAAAAACAAUUGAAUUUAAAGCGAAAGGGGCAGAAGAUAGCACGAGGGGGGACAGCCUGCUCCUGCCAAAUCCAAAAACCAACGAAGUUGUUAAAGAGACGAGAGAUUUUAUUUAAACUAAUACCCCACCAUAAACAAUACACGUAACACCAUAGGAGGAGAAAUUGGGAAAUUACAAGCUUCUUGGGAGAUUUUAUGAUAUGGAUUGUCUCUCACUGAUGAGCUCCGGAAGAGGUUUACAGGAGGAAAUAUGGCGGGCUUCUUUUCACUAGGAGGAAACAACACCCAACAAGGCAAUAUGCCCAACGAAAUACAACUCGAGAGCUGCUUUGGGUACAGAAAUGAAGAUGUUCCUUACAAGGGUUUCGAGCUAUGGCAACAACAACAGCAGCAGCAGCAGCAGCAGGAACAAGAUCUUUAUGUGUCGGCAGCUGGGUUAGGGAUUGGUCCUAGUAGGAGUUUGAUUAACUUUUCUGAUGAUUCUUCGACGAGAUCGGGUUUCGUGAUGAUGGCAAGUGGUGGUGGUGGUGAUGGUGGAGGAGGAGGAGGAGGGGGUAUAAAUUGCCAAGAUUGUGGCAAUCAAGCUAAAAAGGAUUGCCCUCACAUGCGGUGUCGAACUUGUUGUAAAAGCCGAGGUUUUGAUUGCCAGACUCAUGUGAAAAGUACUUGGGUUCCUGCUUCUAAGCGCCGUGAAAGGCAACAACAACUUGCUGCUUUGCAGCAACAGCAACAACAACUUCAGCUUCGGACAGAGAAUCCCAAAAGACAUCGAGAGAGUCGGUCCUCUUCUUCACUUGCCUACACUCGUUUACCCACUAACGCGUCAGGGUUAGAACUGGGAAAUUUUCCAGCAGAAGUGAGCUCUGAUGCUGUGUUUCGGUGCGUGAGAGUGAGUAGCAUUGAAGAUGCCGACGAUCAGUAUGCUUAUCAGACGGCUGUGAACAUUGGAGGUCAUGUUUUCAAGGGAAUUCUUUACAAUCAAGGCCCUGAGAGUGGCUACGACAUGGUUACACCAUCAGCAGCAGCAGCUGGUGAGAGUUCUUCAGGUGCUGGUGUGGUUCAACCGCUGAAUCUCAUCACCGCCGCGGGUACCAACACGGAUAACAUUGUAGCUUCCACCGGCAGCGGUGCUUCUCCUUCAUUGACGACCGCUUUUUUAGACCCUUCCUCUCUAUAUGCAACUCCACUCAACUCUUUCAUGGCUGGUACGCAGUUUUUCUCAAAUCCAAGAUCUUAAAAAAAGAGGGGG